AGCUGGGGUUUUGGAUUGACGAUAUAUAAACAUGAAAUUAUAAAUGUCAUGAAAAAAUAAGCUUUCAAGAAUGGGAUAUAGAACAUACAUGUAACGAAUUCCCUUCUCGGUAUGACUAAGUUUCGCAAUUAAGUGAUAUUUGGGCUAAAUAUUGGUCUUCUCUUUACUCCCAAUGUACAAUAAGUUUCACAUGUGUGUGAGUUACCGGUAGUGUUUGUGAUCAAUAGCUACAAUUAAAAGAGGACAUUAUGGAUCUUCUGUAUACAGUUUCAAGAAAGCCGAAUUGCAAUCCAUCCAAAUCAGGACCAGACUACGAUGUCUUACAUGAUGGACGCACAUUGUGUUGCAUAUCAAGCCAAAGCAUCGUUGCAUUCUCUGCAAUUACUGAACUUGAAGACUGUUGGGGCAAAAGCUGGGGUUCACAUGUUUACAUAGCAGACCUGAAUGUGCCAUGGCAUUGUCACAAGGUUAUUUCUAACAAGGCUAUAGUGACAGCAUUAGAAUGGGAUGUUCCUGGUGAUAAGUUGCUGAUUGCAGAUGUAGAUGGGAAUGUUCAGUUAUGGACUUUUAAAGACCAUUUAUUAAAUGAGUGGGUUUGCCUUGGUACUGUAUCCUUUCCUGGUGAACACAUUCUUUCAGCAUUAUUCUUUCAUAAUGGGAAAAAGACUAAUUUGGUCCCUGACAUGAAGGAUGCCAUGCAGUACACUGAGAAAUUUAAAAGCUUGCCAUUGACACCGUCUGUCAGAGGUUUUGGUGGGAGUCCAAUUGAUGGAUGUGUUGUUGUCACAGCAACAGGGAUGAUUGGAGCUAUAAUAUGUUUACAAGAAGGUCAGGGCGUACCUCUUUUGUUGCACACCAGUGAAAGCCUUUCCUCGACUCGGAGCAGGAUCACAGCAGCUGACAUAUGUUUUGGGAAAAAUGGGAAUUUCAUGGUUGCAUUGAGCAGUGGCCGAGUCAGUCUGCCGGUGCACUGUGUACGUGUUACUGUGAAACUUGUGGAUGAGAAGUGUGUUUUGAACACUCAAGCAUUACCAAGUUUCUUUCCACAUUCUGGCCCCAUUAAUGACAUCCAAUAUCGUCAUGUUUCACAGCUGAAAUUCGCUGCUCGUGAUGAUGCAGAUUGUUUAAUAAUUGCUACAAAUGGUGAUUCUGGCUGCGUUAUUGAACUAUGGGAACUACGUGAGAAACCAGUGCCAAUACAUAAAACAUUCCAGCCCAAGAAUCAUAACAACCAAUCUGAGCCAUAUAAGACUAUGGUUUGGCAGCACCAGUGCCAUUACGUAGCCCAGUGCCCAGUUGUAUGUGUGACAACAUCAAAGGUGUCACUUGUAUCUGCUGUCCCACCAGUAGGUUACAUUACGGUGGCACUGAGUGAUGGAUCAAUACAUUGUCUGUUCCGAGAUACUCUGAAACAAGCUGCACAAACAUCACAGAAUGUUAUAGCAAGGAAUGAUGAUACACCAAGCACAAAGCAACAGAAAUUACACAUUAGAAUUUCACAUGCAGAUAUGAGUUGCAUUGGACUUGUUCUUGCUGCUGUUGAUGCUCAGGGGCAUCUGUAUGUGUACCGACUCUCGCCAUUCUCAGAGCCAAGUGGUCCUAUAUCUGUUUCAUGUGCCAGCACUUUAUUGGAGUACUGCAUGAUGACAGGAUUUGACUGGUGGGAUGUACUGGUAUCAUUAAGGCCAGAAAUAAUUGAUGCUGUGUGUGAAAGAUUCUCAGAAAAUUUUAACCGCCAGUCUGCAUCCAUACAGCAAUUCUAUUAUAUUAAACAGUUGAACAUUAAGACAUCCUUGUACAGGUUGUCAAUGAAUGGGCAGUCAAAAGCAGCUGAUCUCACAUCUCUACUUAUGUUGCACUCUGUUGCAACAGCAUUUAAAUCAUUAUUACGACCAUCUGAUCUUUCAAAUCAUGAGAAAGGUCCUGCAGAAAGCUUGGCAAAUGUCAUGACUGAAUCAAUAACAGAUGUUGAUAAAGUUUUGCUACAUUUGGAAGCAAAGGAGUUCACUGUUGAACCUAGCACACUGCAAUCACUGCAACAGCUAAUUCAGUGGGUAGCAGAUUUAGCACUUAAUCUUUUAGCAAGGCUGCCAGAGCAACGACAGGCCUCAAACAAAGGCUCUGGUUAUGAAUUAUUACGUGAUUACAAAGCACUAAAUACACUUCGUGAACUCCUGGUGAUAAUUAGAAUUUGGGGCCUGUUGAGACAGAGUUGCCUGCCAGUCUUUGUACGUAGCGCGGAGAAUCUCGAUGUUUUGGCGUUAUUAUUUAAAUUAUUGUCACGCUUGAUACAGAAUACGGAACCUGAUGAAAAUCUCAUAGAUGACUGCUGCCUGUUGCCCAGUCAAGUAAUGAUCCCUCCAUUGAACUCUCCACAGAAGCUUAUAGCCAUCACUUCACCGUUGUUUUUCUGUCAGUCUUUACCCAUACAGCUUGAAUGGGGAACAGAACCUGAUAGUCUUCUCUUUGUGCCUGAAAUAAAUCCAGUUGAAGGUGCAAUGCAAAGUGAACAAAUUAUAGAUUGUACUCGACAUACCUACUUGGGAAAACACCCAAGUGUUGUUAAACAGUGCACAAGGUGUGCUGGAGUUGCAUUCCAGCAGUUUCUAACCAGGACUGCUGCAAUAAGAGCAUGGGACAUGAGAUGGGCUCGGGAAUGCCUUUGUGGAGGCCAUUGGAGAUUACACUACUUUUCGUCCAUUUGACAACUACAUUCUGUCCUAGUCCUUCUGUUUUCAGAUCUAGCAGACAUUUUACCUUAAAACAGUUUUGCAGAUGACUAGGAAAAAAUUACUGUGUUAUUUUAACAAACAGAAUAUGUGCAUGUGAUUGCACACACGGACACACACCAAAACAACACUGAGUGUUGUAAUCUAUAAAAAAACUUGAUGAUGCUGGUACUUACCACAGCACUAAGUGCUUUUUAUUAAAACUGAUGUUUCUACAGUUUUACAGUAGAAACAUUUUCAAGCGUAAUAUUUCUAUUAGUGUACAUAAAUGCUUUUUAUUAUGUAGUUGCAUUUGUUUUUAACAUUUCAGUUAUGGGAAUAGAUUAGCUGCGUAGCACAGCAUUAUGGGUACAGCCAUGGUAUCUAUUCCAUACACAUACUGAAAUCAUUUUCUGUCUUACACCACAAUAAGCAAACAUUCCUGGGAUUUUGUAAUUGUUCUAGGAAACAGUUGCUAUUGUGUAUCAGUGAACAAUAUCUGUUAUGUACAUAUUACUUACAUUGUUUAUAGGAUUUGAUUGUGAUUUGUUCACACUUUUAUACUAUAUAGAUUAUUGCCGCCUUCAUUUGUGUAGGUGGUCCAGUAGAACACCAUUAAUUUAAAACUUAACCUGUGCUCAGGGAAAAAACUGCCAUUGCUUGUAAAUAUAUAUUUUAGAUAGGUCUGUUGUUUAUAAAUAAUUUUUCAUCUCAAUUUUUCUUAUUAACUCAUUCUUAAAUAACCUGGCAAUCUUAGCAGUCCAUUUUUCAUUGGGUGCGCCUUGAAAGGCAAAUGAACUAGCAGAUGUUUGUCUGCUUGUGUGAUUCUAAAUAUGUUAGACUGAACACCUACUGCCAGAAGUGACCUUACAAUGGUUUCUCUUUUGCUGAAACUGUUAAAUGACUUAAAUGAUUCACCAAUUUUAUUGUAAUUCAUAAUGAAAGUGUCAUUGUUCUUGAGUCUUAGUGAGUGCUGUGGCAAUACCCAUUACUUUUUAAACCAAGGCACUUAAUAGAAGUGUCUAAUUAUUGUCCUCUUUCAGCUUGUUAGCCUAACUCAGAAGUGUUUUAGUUUAUUUCAUGUAAUAUGUAACCUUGUGUGAAGUCUGAAAUAACUUUUCUAUGGCAUAUCUCAGAUAUGCAGAACAAUUAUAGUUGAGAGAGAAUAAGGUAUAUGAUCUCAAAAUAAAUUUAAACCAGAUACCUUAUUCAUUGUUCAUAGGAAACUUUAUGGCAAGACCACUGCAAUCAUUAAAUGAUAGUAAAAAUAUACAUUGGGAUAUUUCCAUUACUUCAUAUACCACUCUGUUUUCUUGGUGAUUUCCUUGUGCUUUGAAAGCAUAAAGGUUUGUACUUAAUAUUUAGUAAAUUGAUUCCAUCAUCCAAGUUUUAUUUUUGCAUAACCUGGAUUUUAAUUUUUUAUGUUAACUUUUUAAUUUGAAUGAGUAGGUCAUGUACUUCAAUUUAAAUAAAUUUCUUCUGCAGCUCUCUUUAUUCACCCCUGAAAAGAAGGCUUACACUGUAUGUACGCAUUGAGUAAUACUAGCAGAGUGUGAGCUGCUGUUUGAGGUUUUUGUGAUGUAAUAACUGCUCGAAUGGUUCGUAGGCAUAAAGUCUGAUAGUGUUGUGAAAACUGCACAGUAUUUCCAUGAGUCAGCUACGUAUUAGCUUCAGGUGCUUACUGACAUAUUGCUGUUUUGGCUAGCCAACAUAUGUGGUAGCUAACUAGAAAAGCACAGGCACCAAGAGAUGGGGCUAUAACAAUAUCAUAGAAGAAUUUUAGGGAUAUGGACGCCCAGAGUCAUGUGCAUGGUCUCCACAUGUGCAGCACAAGAAAAGCACAACUGCAAGGCACUGAUCUAGUGUACACAUGGGGACCAUAUGUCAGGGCGCAACUUAAAUCUCCUGCUUUCCGUUCUCCAUCUGUGCUGAUUCAUUGGAUUGGUUUGUCUGCAGCUGAUGAUACCUUAGUACUGCCAAUGCUGGCUCCAUGCUUUGCUAAGUUGAAAUCCCAUAUCUCUGCUAAUCAGAUCAUUACUUAUGUUUAUGUAUUUUGACUGCUUCUUUCCCAAUACUAUCCGAUGUAAUGCCCAUGAACAAUGCAAACAAAGUGUGAGCUGUUUAUAACAUGAUUACCAAGCUGUGUAUUUCAAAAUCUACAUUUGAUUUGUUCUUGGUUUGUGUCCAGUUACCAUGUCAUUUUACAUUUCAAUUUAAUAUUUGGGAUUUAUUUUCACUAUCAAAUACCAUUUUGGAUAUAUAUGUACUUAAUUAAUAAGAGAUAGCAAAAAAGUUAGCUCUAAAUUUUGUGUGCCUAAACAUGAAAUUAGUCAGUCCCAUUGUGUUGGACAUUUUUAAACAAAGCAGAUUAAAGCAAAAUGUGAUGGUAAAUACUGUAGCCCAUGCAACAUUUUGUAAAUUUGUGGUAUAUAUUAUUUUUGAGAGGCUCCUAACUACAGCCCAUGAUGCAUUACUGGGCUGUGAGCACUUUCAGAAAAGUAAAUAACCACAUAUCUGUAAAAGUGAGAUUCCAAGUAAGGAGAAAAAAUUACUUACUGAUCUCAGAAUAAUUUAACUGCCAAAUUAAAUACAACAGAAAGUAUCGUCAUUCUUACGUUAUUUUGAUGUAAUUCAGCUGAAACAGUUGUAGAAAAGUUUGUAUAUAUGGAGUAAACAUUAAAAUACCCCUAUAUAACAAUGAAAAGAAGUGCCAACUGUCAAUAUUUUAUAAAAUUACUUUUUUUAUUCAAGCAGCGACCAGUUUGUCACCUGUGACACUCUCCAGAUAGCUGCAUCCAUGUGUUAUACAAUACGUGGCACAAUGUUGGUGUUACAAACAUAUCACCAAUGCUCUAUGAGAAAUAAUUUAUUUGUCUUUGUUAGAGUCACAUUCAGUGGAUAAGAAUGGGGAAAACAAGAUUAUAUUUACAUGAACAAUACUUGCUAGAUCAUAAUGUAUUCCACAGUUACUGCUUCCACACACACAGCUUGUGUGACUCACAAAAGAAAAACCGUAUUUCAUUUGAAGGAAAUAUGCCUUAUUAGGUUGAUAACCUCUGUUGUAAAUCUGCUGUUACUCUAAGGUUUAAUAUAAACAGUAAGAUUUUAAAGAUUUCUAAUAUUUAGUUUAAUAAUCCAAUUCUGAAUCAAGGAUAUGUAAACUCCAGUGUGACUCAUGUCCCAACUUUUACAUUGGUACUGAGCCAGGUGGCACAGUGGUAAGACAUGGGACUCUCAUUCAGGAGGUUGACAGCUCAAAACCUGUCUGACCAUUUAGCUUUAGGUUUCUAUAGUUUCCCUAAACCACUUAAGGCAAAUGAUGGGAUGGUUCCACUGAAAAGGACACACGUGUUUUUCUACACAUCCAGUCUUGUGCUCUGUCUUUAAUGACCUUGUCAUUUAUGUGAUAUUAAACCCUAACAUCCUCCUCCUUUAUGCAUUGACUUGUGAUAUGGAUCUUUUACACUAAGGUUCCAAGGCAUAUGGAUUCGAUCUUAUACACCCAGGUUCCAAGACAUGGAUUCAUUUAGGAUAGGAAACGAUAGUAACUCCACUCUGGGACAUAUUUUACAGAGCGGGAUCAUUCUUCUGGUAGCAUAGAAAACCCUUUAUCUGUAAAUAAAUGAACUUGGUAGGAGAAGUAGCAUUUUAAAUGAAAAAUUGGAUAACACCACAGCAUCUUGUGAUAUUCCAGGCAGAUGCAUUAUAACUAAUAGAUUGUAAAUGUAAUUCUUAUUUAUGCAUGUAUUAUUAUGUAUGGAUGUAUGUAUGCAUUUAUGUAUGCAUGUAUUAUUUACAAUAUAUACUCUGAAGAGGAUUUAGUAAUAUGCCAAGUGCCUUGCAUAUUUUCAAUCCCAUUUGCUUUACAAUAAAUAAAUGAAUAAUGCAAAUACAAGUUUGACAAAUACGCACUCAUUGCUACUGUAAGUUGUUAAAUGUAUAAUAAUGCUGUAAAUAGCAUUCCAUUAUAAAGUUGCACAAGUUUCAUUUAUAUUUACACUGAAACAAUAUCUGUAAUUGAGAGAUGAUGAUAACAACUUUUCAUCUUAGCUCAAUAGAAGAACUUACCUCUUGUAAAGUAUGUACCUUACUUUGGAAAUAAUUUGAAUGAAGAUUUGUACAGUGUUCUUGUGUGAGAGAGAAGUAAUAACUGUGCUCCUUUGUUUGCUCAGCAUGUUUGUUUAUGAAAAAAGUGCAACAGAAGAACUACAUGUAGCUGACAUUUCCAUACAUUUUCAUUGAAUGCCAAGUGGUUAACUCACACAUCACGCAUGUAGUGUGCAGUUGGUGUUCUUAUAAAUUUUCAUCCAUGCUUAUUCAUCUAAUGUGGUUCAAACAGAAACAGAUAACUAACUUCUUACUGGGCAUACUCAUUUUUAAUGUUACAGUCUGUUCAUGUACUGUGUAAUAUGUGAAUGUAGCUAUCAGAAGACAGCUGCAGGUGCUCAGAAUAGAUUUUUACUUCAAUUAAAAAAUGCAAUAAUAAUUUCAUAAAACAGUGAAUAUUAGUAAUUCAGUUCAGCAUCGUGCAUGAUUAAUGCAGUCACAGAAAUUUGAUGAAGUUAAUACAGGUUAAUCAUAUUCAUUUCACUAUCAAAUACAUAUUUUGUGAGGGAGGAACUGAAGUCUUUCAAAAGUUCAAAGGAAGUCAUUCAACCUACUUAAAAAAUAAGGCUGAAGUGGACAUAAGUUCCCACAGGCAUUUUUGAAAAUGCUAUAUAAUGAGAAUGUUUGUUAAGAUCUCUUAGAGGAAUCAGUUUCUCUGUAACAUGCAUUUUUAAAGAUAUUUAUUUUGUAGUUAGAAGGCAUAAAAUAGAGAUUUCACUGUUAUCUAAUGUUAUAUGUUUGUAUUGAUGCUUCACGAACAACGAUAUUUUUUUUUUUUGGAGGGGGAGGGGAGGGGGAGAGAGAGAGAGAGAGAGAGAGAGAGAAGAGAGAGAGAGAUAGGAGACAUUAUUGAUUUUUCCCAACUGUGGGCUCAAAUUGAUUGGCUAAUUAUGCAGAAAAUUGUUAAUUUAAACACUUUUGAACCCAAAUGAGUCAUAAUUUUUUAUAAUUAUUUUCAAACUGAUAUUAAUUGUAACACCAACUCAUAUAUGUCAUUUUUUACUGCACAAUAAAGUUGAAGCUAAGUAAUUACAA